AUGUCGUCUGCCAUGGAUUUCGACAAUCUGAUCGACCAAAGUAUAGUUUUCGGAAAGCUCAGAGCGAUAUCUGAGAAUAAGGUAUGCUUCGAUUGCAGUGCAAAAGAUCCGACAUGGGCAUCGGUUACAUACGGGGGUUUUCUCUGCAUCGAUUGUUCAUGUGCCCAUCGAAACUUCGGUGUUCAUAUCAGCUUCGCGAGAUCAACGAAUUUAGACUCAUGGAGCCCUGAGCAGGUCAGGACAAUGGUGUUCGGUGGCAACAACCGCGCUCGGGAGUUCUUCAAGCAAGAUGGAUGGACCGAUGAUGUCAACAUGUUCGAGGCUAAGUACCCUUCAAGAACUGCUAAUUUGUAUAGGCAGAUUCUUGCUGAUGAAGUUACUAAAGCCAUGGCGGAAUAA